CGCACAGAAGUGUGGAGAGUGCGGGACGAAAUGAAGUGUUUGGCGUUGAGUGUUGUGUUAUUGUGGUGUGCGUGCAUCGUACAAGCGAUACCACAAGGUUUCUUCGCUGGUUUGCUCCCAACGUCGUCUCCCCAGGCAGACAAUCCACCGAAGGGACCUCUGACAAUCUUCACUCAAGGCCAACAAACCGCACAACAAGUCGUGGGCGGAAUCAUCUCCGGCCUCGCGGAGACCAGAGAGAAAAUCAAGAAUGAAACCAAAAAGCGAAUUCAGACAUUACUAGGAAACAAAGAGAAUUCAGAAGUGGAUUUUGUGAAGCCAAAGCCGGAUAAAGUCCAAGAAAUGCCACAGGAGGAGACUGAACAAACUGGCGAGAAAGAAGAAGCGAUCGGAGAAAAGGAUUACCAACCAACUUGGGAUAAACAAGAGGCAAAUGAUUCUUUAGAAAAAAUCAAACAAACUCAAGCAGUCACAAAACCUACUUCAAUAGAGGCUACGACUAUCAGUGAUGCUGAAGUUGAUCAACUAUUGGAGGAGAUUUUUGCAACGUUAGAUCCCGCUAAAGAGGAUUCGUACCCACCAAAAAAAGACGAAUAGAAAAACAGAAGAAUCUAGGGAUUGAUUUAUAUACAGGAAAUGAAGACGAUGAGACAUGUCAACAUGACCAGCUUCUGACAACUCUCCAGGCCUGCACAGCUUGCCAAACUGUCAUUUAAUAUUACAUAUAGCUCCAUUCACCUUUCAACAAAAUAUGACAACAGUUAAUUAUAAUUAUUAAACAUAAAUAUAAAACUACGUACAUUGAA